AUGCCAUUCGGGCUCUCCAAAGCCCCCGCGGUCUUCCAGGCACUGGUCAAUGAUGUGUUGAGAGAUAUGGAAUAUGUUCAGCACGUCAGGCGAGUGCUUCAGAGGCUGUUGGAGAAUGGGCUUUAUGUCAAGGCGGAGAAAUGUGUGCUUCAUGCACAGUCUGUUCCCUUUUUGGGUUACAUCUGGUCAUCUGAGGGGGUGUGCAGGGAUCCCGCCAAGAUUCAGACUGUGGUAGAUUGGCAAAUUCCAGAUUCCCGCAAGGCCCUGAAGCGGUUUCUGGGCUUUGCCAAUUUUCACCUGUGUUUUCGUCACAAUUUCAACCAGCUAGCCACCCCUUUGCCCUCCUUGACCUCCACCAAAAUGACGUUCAGGUGGUCCAGUUCAGCAGAUGCAGCAUUUUCCAAACUGACGAGUUGCUUAGUUUCAGCUCCAAUUCUUGUCACCCCUGAUCCUUCUUGUCAGUUUGUGGUGGAGGUUGAUGCGUUGGAGAGAGUUGCUGGCAGACAAGCUUGCCUUGGAGGAAUGGCAUAA